AUGGAUGAUAUAUCUGGUAUAAAACAAGGUUAUGGUAUCAGUGAAACUGAUCCAGAAACAAUUGAGUCUCCCCAGCCAGUUGAUUACCAUCCUUUUGCAAUAGAUACAACCUACUUCGCUGCUUUUGGACCUGAUGGUACAAACCUAGUGAUGAGAGUUGCCAGAAGACCAGACAGAUGUGCUGAAAUCUGGUUAUUUCUAGAUCUACCUGGUAUUGGCCAGUUUCAACAUCCUGUACAUCCCGAUGUCUUCUUAGCUAAUACUAAUGGAUCUUCCUUUGAAUGUGCUGGUCUAAAAUUUGAGAUGUUGGAACCAAUGUUAAGAUGGAAAAUCAACUACAGUGGUCUGAUGAGAAUUGGUUUAUGUAAUGAUGUUAACAACAAACCUGAACAAUAUGCAUCAGUACAAAUGUCUUUUAUAUGGGAAAAUAUAAGUGAUUGUUUUAAUUUUGAUACUGAUCUGAGUGCAGGCUUGAUAUGUGAUGGCAUAGCAAAAGAACCAUGGACCAAAGAAUUCCUUCAAAAUAUUCAAAGGUUUGAUGUCUUAUUUACAUAA